CUCUUCUCCUAAACCCUGGUGUGUGUUUCAAAGCUCUCGCUCUACUCCUCUGUCACCGCCGCCGUCGCUUCCGGAUCGUAGUUCUGAAGAAACUUAUAUUCGGAGGAGAGCAAACAAGGAUGGCCACUCAAGCUGCCUCAUUCAGUGGCAACUUAAAGAAAGCUGUGGCUGGUAUAAAGCGUAUCAAUCUCGACGGUCUUCGUUGGCGAGUUUUUGAUGCCAAAGGCCAGGUUCUGGGUAGACUAGCAUCUCAGAUAUCAACUGUGCUUCAAGCCAAAGAUAAGCCUACUUAUUGUCCCAACCGCGACGAUGGUGAUAUUUGCAUUGUUCUCAAUGCUAAGGAUAUCGGCAUCACUGGAAGAAAGCUCACUGACAAGUUCUACCGCUGGCAUACUGGGUACGUUGGCCACCUGAAAGAACGGAGUCUGAAAGAUCAGAUGGCCAAAGACCCCACCGAGGUCAUCCGCAAGGCUGUCUGGCGCAUGCUUCCAACUAACAAUUUGCGUGAUGACAGGGAUCGGAAGCUGAGGAUAUUUGAAGGCAAUGAACAUCCUUUUGGGGACAAGCCACUCGAACCAUUCGUGAUGCCGCCUCGUACAGUCAGAGAGAUGCGACCGCGCGCAAGGCGAGCAUUGAUCCGUGCCCAGAAGAAGGCAGAUCAGGCAGAAGGUGGUGGAGCAGAGGUAAAGAAAGGCAAGAAGAGGACUCCUUCUCCUCAAGUAACUGCGUAG